AUGCAGCGGCCACAAACUUACGGGCAGUCGCCCCCCUUGCACCACCCCGUACCCCAGCAUGUCUCUACGGUUCCUCAGUUGCGCUCGCCCCCUCCUCCCGUGUCGCAAUCGCAAUCGCAACAAGGCUACGGUGGCAGUCCCUACCAACAGCAAGGCGGUACGAGUGGGAAUGUAUUCGGCGCAUACGGACAGUUCAUGAAUGAUCCCACGGCGCAAGUGGCAGCGCAGUUUGGCCAGACGGCUUUCAAGCAUGGCCAGGAGUACAUGGAGCAAAACUUCAACCGAUACGUUAACGUCAACGCCCUGAAGCACUACUUCAACGUUUCCAACUCCUACGUCAUCAACAAAAUAGUCCUCGUCCUCUUCCCUUGGAGGCACAAGCCAUGGUCGCGCAAGCAGUCCGUCGGGCCUAGCGGACAGGAAGGAUGGUACCUCCCUCCGCGAGACGACAUCAAUAGUCCCGAUAUGUACAUUCCCGUCAUGGCUGUCGUGACGUACAUCCUUCUCUCUACGCUCCUUGCUGGUCUCCGCGGCCAGUUCCAGCCAGAACUUCUCGGAUACACAGCGUCAACGGCCCUAGUAAUAGUCAUGGCAGAGAUCCUCGGUCUCAAGCUGGGCUGCUACUUGUUGGGCAUCUCGAACGAUUCGCAGCUUUACGAUCUGAUCGCAUACUCGGGCUACAAGUUUGUCGGCAUCAUCGUCACCGUAACCGUAGCCGAGAUUCUGAACGGUGGCAAGGGUACCGGCGGGUGGAUUGGCUGGGGCGUGUUCCUUUACACUUUCCUGGCCAACUCGCUGUUCUUGAUGCGUUCGCUCAAGUACGUUCUGCUCCCUGAAAACGCAGCCAACGGUGCCGGCCCUAUGCAGACUGGCGAUUCCCGAGCCAAGCGAAACCAGAGGACUCAGUUCCUCUUCUUCUACUCCUACAUUGUCCAGCUGCUUUUUAUGUGGAUCCUGUCGAGGCCUUGA